GAGCUAUCAUUAGUCACAUGACUACCACAUGACUCAACGUUUCGUAAAACCCGUGAUGCGGUGAUAAAAUUAACGGCAUAGCUAUAACACCAGACAUCUGAUUAAAACUGACACUCUGAUUUUGUUGUUCUACAGAUUAAUAGCCCCUGAGUGACCAUGAAGGUGCUUGUCCUGUCCCUGCUUGUGGCGGGUGCCAUGAGUGCCCUCGUGGAGUUCAGAGAUCGUGACAUCUUUGAGCCCCUCUCAGAUGAGAUGAUUUGGUUUAUCAACAAACUGAACACAUCAUGGAAGGCAGGGCAGAACUUUGACCACAUUGCCAAAGAAGACAGACUUGCCCAUGUGAAGAUGAUGUGUGGGACCUACCUAAACACACCCCCAGAACUGAGACUCCCAGAGAAGAAGAUGGAGGCAAGAAAAGAUAUCCCAGACACCUUCGAUGCCCGAACUCAGUGGACCAACUGCCCCACCUUGAAGGAGGUCAGGGACCAAGGAGCCUGUGGGUCUUGCUGGGCUUUUGGUGCUGUUGAAGCCAUGUCUGAUCGUAUCUGCAUCAAGUCUCAGGGAAAAUCUAAUGCUCACAUUUCAGCUGAAGAUCUGACAGCAUGCUGCAGGACUUGUGGAAAUGGUUGUGAGGGAGGUUUCCCAUCAGCUGCCUGGAGUUAUUAUGAAAGAGAUGGUCUAGUAACUGGUGGGCAAUACAACUCUCACCAGGGAUGCCUACCGUACACAAUCAAGGCCUGUGACCACCAUGUGGUGGGUAAACUCCAGCCCUGCUCCAAAAAGAUUGGCCCCACACCACGCUGUGAGAAGAAAUGUGAAGCUGGCUACAAUGUCACUUAUGCUAAGGAUAAACACUAUGGAAUGUCUGCUUACAGCGUACAUGGUGUAGAGAAAAUUCAGACUGAGAUCAUGACAAAUGGUCCAGUAGAGGGCGCUUUCACAGUCUAUGCUGAUUUCCCACAAUACAAAUCUGGUGUUUAUAAGCACACGACUGGUCAACCUCUGGGAGGACACGCCAUUAAGAUUCUUGGAUGGGGAACUGAGAACGGAGAUGAUUAUUGGCUGGUUGCCAACUCUUGGAACCCUGACUGGGGAGAUCAAGGAUUUUUCAAGAUCUUGCGAGGCAGAGAUGAGUGUGGUAUUGAGUCUCAGAUCAGUGCAGGAGAACCAAAACUUCAGUAACUCAAACUCACAGAACUCACUUAAACAUUCCAGUACUCAGUCACAUGAGAUUACAAAACUGACAUUACAUAAAUAAUGAUUGAAGUGAUAUUUUAUUUUAUAAAUGGUGCUCAAUAAUUUUGUUAUUUUCAAGCAGUUUUUUCUUUACAAUUAUAUACAUUUGUACAAAUGAGAUUUGAUACAAAGAAAUAAAAAUAACAAAAAGAU